AUGGCACCCAUAGGCGAAACAUCGCUCACGGCCCUCAUCUCAACCCUAACCCUCACACUCUCCCCGACAACCUACGUCUUCCUCACCAUCCCCACCACCCAAUUCAAGCCACCAUACCCCUUUCCUCUCGAAUCUGCAAUCAUGACGUUCCGCGAAGCCGACUCCGAGGGCAUCACCAUCAUCGCGCCGCUCGAGAACGCCCGGAAAUAUCACCAAUUCCCGUACCAGUACGAAUGUCGUUUGAUCACGUGCGCCGUGCAUUCGAGCCUCGAGGCCGUGGGGUUCCUGGCUGUGUUGACCAGGGAACUUGCGGAGAGUGGUAUUAGCUGUAAUCCUGUCAGUGCGUUUUACCAUGAUCAUUUGUUUGUGCCGGUGGGGAGGGAGAAGGACGCGGUGGCUUUGUUGGAAGGGGUCGUGACGAGGGCGAGGAAGGAGCUUGAUGCGGAUGGAGAGAAGUGA